AUGUCGAGCGUUUUCGUUCUGGUGGUGAUGGUUCUGGUUCUCGGCAGUGUUGUGCGUGCUUCGCCUGUUCUCGCUGCGACGGCUCCGGGGUGUGAUGCGAUUGCUUGUGAUACGGUGGAUUCCGCCUCGCGUGCAUCCGCUUGGGCGGAAUCGGGACAGAUUGAAGCGCGCCAUGCGGGUGUGCUUGAGCGACGGUCGGACAGCGUCUCGUCGACACGUCGACAUAUCAACUACGACGAAUCGCAGCUCGUCACCCGCGCGUCGCGUGCCGCGCAACACCUCAUCGCACGCUCACCAGCCGACGUGAAUCCUGCGUUUGCGCCGCCAUCCAACAUGGCGCAUUGGCCUGCUGUACCCUCGCCCAACGCUCCGCCUGCAUCCCCUGCCGGCGGACCAAACCGGUUUGCUGAUCCUGCCCAUCAGUCAUCUGGACCUCAUCAACCUGCAUCUCUACCAGAACAAGCUGCAACCGAUCCAGCCAAAGACUUCCGCUUAUUCCUAUCAGCUCAGUUCUAA